AUGAAAGCAAAAGGUAAUCUUCGAGAAUAUCGUAUCAUCGGUCGUAAACUUCCCUCAGCGACCUUAAAAACGCCACCACUUUAUGAAAUGCAUAUCUAUGCACCUGAUGAAGUUCAAGCCAAAUCUCGUUUUUGGUUUUUCUUACGUCAACUCAAGCGUGUCAAGAAAAGUGCUGGCGAAAUUGUCGAAUGCAAAUUAGUUAAUGAACGUAAACCAUUAACAGUCAAGAAUUUUGGCAUUUGGCUUCGUUAUGAUUCUCGAUCAGGUACACAUAACAUGUACCGAGAAUACCGCGAUCUUACACGAGCAUUAGCUGUUACUCAAUGUUAUCGAGAUAUGGGUGCCAAACAUCGUGCGCGACCAUCGACAAUUCAAAUUAUGAAAAUUAAACGUUUAGCUGCCAAAGAUUGUCGUCGACCCCAUGUGACACAAUUUCAUGAUGCGAAGAUCAAAUUUCCAAUGGUCAACAAGGCAACGAAACGUUUACAUCAUCCACGCUUUACAACACGUCGUCCACACACAUACUUUUAA